AUGAACGAACAUCUACGAAAGAUAUCAAAUAAAGAGCUUCAUACACACUAUCUUGGCAAAGAUAUACAAAGUGAACUUAUUCAACUGUUAGGAAAUGCUAUUAAGAAAGAAAUCAUACAAACAGCAAAUGCAAUGAAAUAUUUUUCAAUAGUUCUCGAUGGUACUCCUGACUGUAGCCAUGUUGAGCAAAUGACAAUAAUUAUUCGUUUUUUUAAAGUUGAUUCAUUGAAAAAAGAGUUUAGUAUCAAAGAACAUUUUUUAGGCUUUGUACCUUUAAAGAAAACAACUGGAGCCUAUAUGGCAGAAACGAUAAUACAACAACUAGAAGAAAUGGAGUUACCUAUUGAUAAUUUGCGUGGCCAAGGCUACAAUAAUGGCGCAAAUAUGAUAGGCAAAAAUAAUGGUGUUCAAAAGAAAAUAUUAAACAUUAAUCCUCGAGCAUUGUUUGUUCCUUGCAGCGCGCAUACUCUUAAUUUGGUUGUCAAUGAUGCUGCAAAUUGCUGUCUAAUGGCUACAAGUUUUUUUGAUAUUGUCCAACGUGUGUAUGUAUAUUUUUCGUCUUCAACACAUUGGUGGGUAGUUUUCACUAGUCAUCAACCUACGUUAACUGUUAAACCUCUAAGUGAAACAAGAUGGGAAAGCAGAAUAGAUGCUAUAAAGCCUUUGCGAUAUGAACUUGGUAAAAUAUAUGAUGCACUGCUAGAAAUAGCUGAUGAUACUUCUCUAACUGGAUCCUCAGGAAGCACUGCACGCAGUGAUGCUAAAGCACUUGCAAAUAGUGUUGCAAAGUUUAAGUUCGUGGUUUCAAUUGUUGUAUGGUACAACAUACUUUUUGAAAUCAAUAUAACAAGUAAGCAGCUCCAAGCUAAAGAUUUGGAUAUUCAUGCUGCUGUACAACAGUUACAACACACACAAGCCUAUUUGGUUGACUGUAGGAGUGACAUAGGUUUUGCAAGAAUGCUAGUGGAUGCUGCUAAAAUUGCUAAGGAUUUGGAGAUACCACCAACCUUUGAGGCAGAACCACGAUUACGGCGGAGAAAAAAGCAAUUUGCAUAUGAAGCUGAAGAUGAGCCUGUACAAGAUCCAAAACAAAAUUUCAAAGUGAGUUUUUUCUUUGCUAUACUUGACACAGCAAUAAGGUCGGUUGAAGAAAGGUUUGAACAAAUGAUGAAAAGGUUUGAACAAUUGAAUCUGUAUUUGGUUUCUUAUAUCAUAUUCAUGGUCUACAGAGUAAAACUUCACAAGAAAUAUUGGAAUGUUGCAUGA